AUGCCUUUCGACUCGCUAAUGUUUCCUCUGUCACUCGCAAUCUUGACUCAUAGCAAAUCAUCCGCGCUUCCUCCUUGCGUCAUCGCAUCAAGGUCAACAUUGGUACCCUUCGACAUCAAGGAACUAAAAUCGAUCGAGGCAGGCAUUACGCUUGCAAAGUUUCGUCUCCGAUUGUUUUCCUCAUUUAUUACCAGAUCUUCGUAUCCAAAGUACACGAGCAAAAAAUCAGAAUUUUCCUUCGCCAGCAAGCUUUCUGUCAUCGGCUUUUCCGCAUCCGUCAACUACGUUUCGCUACCUCUUGGUACGAAAGAAAUUGAGAAAGAAGGCAAUUGUCACAUCCAUUUUUCCCGGUCGCUCACAUUUUUUCCCUCUUUGUACCCAGAUGCUUCACCCUUCCUCAAAAUUAGUGGAGCUAGUGAACAGCCUUCUGUAUCAACCGAGAACGGAGUUGUGAUCAUAACCCCAGACGACUCAUCCUGUACAACACCUGAGAGUACAGCGGGUACUUCUUCGUCUUCUCGUAUCAUGCCUGGACUGUUUCUGACCUCGCUAAUGGCUCCGCAAAAGGCCAAGGGAUCCUUUGUGCUUCUUCUUUCAUUGGCUGCUUCCCUAAAUGGGGUCCAUAGUCAAACAAAUGACGCAUGCACCCCUGCAUUGGAGAUUGAAAUUAGCCUUCCUACCGGAACAAUCGUUUCUUCUGUCUUUGGUGAUACAGACCAUUACCUAGCUGCAACGCUUGAAACGGUAACAUGGGGCUACUAUGAUAUCAACAAGCCAUCGCAAAUUUCAAUGGAAUCCGGAGAAACGAUCACGGUUGAAGUAAUUACUCACCACUCUGGUCAUGACUAUGCUAAGAUGAUCCGUGGUGAUAUGGCUGUUGAGGAGAUCUUUUACUGGGCCACCAAUACGUCAUUGAGCGAAAAACCCGAACCAAAAUUGGAUGGCACGGGUGUUCACUUGGUUACUGGACCAAUUGAAGUGAUUGGUGCGGAGCCUGGUGAUGUGGUAGAAGUGGAAAUUCUUGAAUUGGACCCUCGGUACAACCCUAUAUCGGGCAAGUGCUAUGGCACCAACUCUCAAAAGUUUGCCGGCUAUCAUUAUAAUGUAUUGACUGGAUUUGGUCGUGAUGGAACACCUUACGUCCGUACCGGCGGUACUGAAGCCAUUACUGUAUUUGAGUUUGUGGAAACAUCUGAAGGUAAAAUGGCCUACGGAAAGCCUGUAUAUAUGUACCGCUUCCCAAACAUGACUGCACCAGAUGGAUCAAACCGCACAUUUGACAACAAUCCAGCAGUCAUGAUCCCGCAUGAAUUCAAUUAUGGUUACAAUGGAGAACUACUAGAACUGGAUCCAAUUUUGUAUCCUGAAGGAUUUGAUGGCACCACGGUUACUGAUGCUGGCGGUAUCCAGUAUCUUUCUCCAGAAGAAGCUGGUCUAGCCUGGAAAGUACCGUUGCGCCCGCAUAUUGGUACAUUGGCAGUUAUGCCAAACAAUACAGAGAACUACAUUGACGAAGAAGCCGAGGGUGGCGCAAACACAAUUCCUCCUGCACGUUUUGGCGGCAAUAUUGAUGACUGGAGAAUUGGCAAAGGAGGAACCAUGUUUUACAGAGUUGAAGUUCCUGGAGCCCAGAUUGUUGUCGGUGACACACAUGCCGCUCAAGGCGACUCAGAACUUGCCGGUACUGCAAUGGAAACAUCCAUGACUGCCAAGCUUCGUGUAACUUUACACAAAGCAGGUAGUCUACCAACCAAGGUUGCAACACUAGACUUUCCGCUCCUGGAGACAUUGGACAAAUUUGUGGUGCACGGUUUUGCCUAUGACAAUUAUCUUGAUCAGUUGGCAGAUCCCUCAGAUAUCUUUUCGGAAGGUACCUCAUUGGACUUGGCAAUGGCCGACUGCUACAUUAAAACCCGUAAUUGGAUGAUGGAUGUUUAUAGCUUGACUGAAGAGGAGACAAUUGCUCUCAUGACCACCUCAGUCGAUUUUGGCAUCACCCAGGUUGUUGAUGGAAACUGGGGAGUCCAUGCUGAUAUUGACAAGUGGGUUUUCGACCAGACGGACGCACCAUACGAUUACCCCUGCACAACAUCAAAGUCGGCUCGUCGCCGCCGUAUCCUGAAGAUUGACGAGCGUCGGCUAAUCUUGGAUUAUCAUAAUGUAAUGCUUUCCCCCAGCGAAUACGCUGACGAACUGUUUCGCCGUGUUACCGGUAUUGAAGCCUCGUCGGAAAAAGUUGAUACUUUUGCCCGCAAUCGUCUAGCGGAGCUUUUGAUGGAGUCCAAGCUCCAGUUUGCGAAGGCACGCAUGUCAAAGGGUAUGGUCUGA